AUGACGUUCGGUUUAAUUCUGCUGAAAUUCGAGGUGAUAAGGCAUCAAGCCUUCGCUGACGAUCUCGCAAUACUGACACGUAACCCCAAACACUGUCAGGUACUAUUGGAUGAAGUGGAUAAAUUCUGUGAGUGGACGGAUGGAUUGAGGACAAAACCCAGUAAAUGUCACUGUCUGUGUCUUGGUAGGCGGAAUACAAGAUACACCUCAUACGAUCCGGGACUAUCGUUAGGCGGUCAAUGCAUUUCUACGGUUACGGAAAAUGCACCAUUUAAAUUUCUCGGUCGUAAGGUAGAUAAUAUAGGCCGUACUCCAUCUUUAGAAGGAAUAGUAGAUAGCUUUUUGAACGAUCUUAACAAGGUAGAUAGCCAACUGAUAAGUAACGUCAAAAAAGCGUGGAUCUACGAGAAUUACUUAACUUCACGUUUGAAUUGGCCUUUCCUCGUCUAUGAUUUUAAUAAAACCCUUUUGUCAAAGUUAGAUGCAGGCGUCAUAAAGAUGUUGAAGUUGUGGCUCGGGCUCGCUCUAACGGCUGAUUCAUCGGCGUUAUUUAGGGGAAGCAAUAGUUUUGGGAUGAGUCUAAAAAGGCCAUCGGAGCUCUAUAAACACCUAAGAGUUUCCAAGAGAUAUAUCCUGGGGAAAUCCCAUGAUGCGGAUAUAUUGAAGUCUUUUAUUCGGCAAGACGAGAAUGAUAAAUAUAAGAUCCAUGCAAUGAAUUUAGAAAUGCAGAACGAGUGGUUAGACAUAGGAGAUUUUUGCAUCCCAUUAGCAUUAAAAUGGCGCACUUUAAUUUAUGAUUGGUCGCCAGCAUUGCUAAAAUUCUAUCUCAAUGCGUUCCAGAUGACUCUCCCAGAUCAGAGUAAUUUAGUAAGAUGGGGUAAAAGAACCGAAAAAACUUGCUAUAUCUGUGGAAAGGCAGUUGGAACUGCUAAGCAUCUGCUGGUGGGAUGUAAGGUACUCCUGGACAGCGGUCAAUACUCACGUCGUCACGAUAGGGUUCUAGAAGUCAUACGUGAAGCGGUUAGUCUUUCGGUAGCCAGAGCGCAAAAGGGAAUAACCACAAACGAACGAUCAGUAGGUUUUGUGAGAGAAGGCUCUAGGGCUACAAAAUCAAACGUCAAGCCUUACUCCAUCCUUAAAGCGGCGUCGGAUUGGACUAUAAUGAUGGACACGUAUGAAAAACAAUAUAAAAUCCCCGAGGAUAUUUGUGCGUCGGCCUCCAGACCGGAUAUAUUUUUGUUUUCGCGAAUUUUAAAGCGCGUAGUGAUGAUAGAGCUUACGGUCCCUUGGGAAACCAACAUCCCCGAAGACCAUACCAUCAAGGUCAACAAAUAUUACGAGCUCACAAACGAACUCACUCGAAAUAGGUUCGUAGUAGAUUUGUACGCGGUAGAGGUGGGAGCGAGAGGUAUAACAGCGAAAUCUCUCUAUAACCUACUAAAGGACUUGGGCUUGUCCAGAACUCACAUUAAUGCAUUCUUGGAACGUACAUCGAAGGCAGCCCUAGUAGGUUCUUUUCAAAUUUGGUUAGGUAGGGAGAGGAGCUUGGACAGUGGAGGUGAGCGUAUAACGCGCAUAUCGUGA